GAGCGUUAGCGCCGCUCGCGCCCCCUCCCCCGCUCCCUGUGCGCCGUUGCGGGUCAGUGCCAGCCUCUGCCGCAGUGAGGGGAGCUGAGCCGGAGCCGAGCCGAGCCAAGCCGGGCUGGGCUGAGCCAGAGCCGGCGGCAGCGUCGGGCCCGGGGCGCGGCGGCGCCGAACACGCAACAGCGACACCGGGACUCGGUGGAUUCAUCUGUGGGGGAGACGCCUGACACCCGCCCGCCGCCAUGGUCACAGCUGUGCAAACAGGAAUCUUGGCAUGAGUAGCUUUGACAUUUAUUUAUACAAAAGGAAAAAAAAGAGAUGAAAAUCUUUAAAACUUAGACUUUUGGAUUCGUCUGUGAAGAUGAACACCUGGCACAUCAUACCAGGUAACUACGUUUUAACUACCUUAUUUGAAUACAUGUAACAAAUACUGAAUAAUUGUGUGGUUUUUACAUUUUCACUUACUAGAUUUUUCUGUGUUUUUGUAGAUAUCCAAGUUCCAGUCCUGGAUAGGGAAAUGAGGCAAGCUACCCCUUGGAAAUGUGCUCUCACUUUGAUGCUGAUGAAAUCAAACGGCUAGGAAAGAGAUUUAAGAAGCUUGAUUUGGACAAUUCUGGUUCUUUGAGCGUGGAAGAGUUCAUGUCUUUACCUGAAUUGCAACAGAAUCCAUUAGUACAGCGAGUAAUAGAUAUAUUUGACACAGAUGGAAAUGGAGAAGUGGACUUCAAAGAAUUUAUAGAGGGAGUCUCCCAGUUCAGUGUCAAAGGAGAUAAGGAGCAGAAGUUGAGGUUUGCUUUUCGCAUUUAUGAUAUGGACAAAGAUGGGUAUAUCUCAAAUGGAGAGCUCUUCCAGGUGCUGAAGAUGAUGGUUGGGAACAAUCUCAAAGACACUCAGUUACAGCAAAUUGUAGAUAAAACCAUAAUUAAUGCAGAUAAGGAUGGUGAUGGAAGAAUAUCCUUUGAAGAAUUCUGUGCUGUUGUAGGAGGCCUAGAUAUCCACAAAAAGAUGGUGGUAGAUGUGUGACUCUGUAGGGCACCACCCAACACUUUUGCUUUCUUCUCCAUCUCUGAAGAUCUGCUCAAGACGUCCAGCAAUGCUCUCUGUGUAUUUAAAUGGAAGUAUUUUCUCUGUGAAGCCACAUUUUCCAACAUGAGCCUCAUGAAGCCAACUAAGUGUUAUUGAACUUUUAUUCUCUCAAUAACUCAGUGUAGCACUUUAAAGUCUGAAGGACAGCAAAGAUGGAAAGAGCAUAUCAGUGUGGUGGAGAAAGGGAAGGGGUUGGCUUUUUAAUUUAUUUUUCUUCAUCUUUUAUAACAAGGAAAUAUCUAUCUAUAUAUAUAUAUGUGUGUGUGUAUUUAUAUAUAGAUAUAUAUGUAGCUUUCUAUAUGUAGUAGCUAGGUGGGCUUUAAUUUAAUAUACUUGAUUCAGAAACAAAACUAGAGUACAAAGUGCCAAGCAGAAUAUUAACAGUUCAAUAUAUGGAUAUACAUCCUUACUUUUAUUUCACACAGUUUUAUAUAUAUAGUAGAAGAAUGUAAAAUUUUAACUGGGUGUUAGGUCAGCUCUUUUCCUUUUCCUGUGACUGUUCAGAUGUUUCUAUAUAUUGACUGGCUGACAAAGCAUUGCUUCUUAUUAAUUCACCUUAAUUACAUUUUUUGUAACACAGGAGACUAAGUUUAUUUAUACCUGUUAAUAUAUUACCAGGGACUGUGUCUCUUUGCUAAAUAACUUAGUACAGUUCUACUUAAUAUGAGAAUAUAGUUUAAUGCUACUGCCAAGAACUAGCCCUCGUGCAUAUAGUAACUGUGGAAUGCUUUGAUGGCCGCUAGGUUUUGUCAUCUAGGAAUUGGGAGCAGUUACAGCUGUCUUGAAGCAAAGGCAGAUCUGCUGUUCUGGAUUCAUUUUAGAUACAGCUGCUCAAGGUGUUAGACACAUCCAUGAUUUUUUUCUUGUGCUUAGCUUAAUGAAAUUAGGAUUGAUGUAACUCUGCAGGAUUCCCACCUACUUAUUUUCUACAGUACUUAAGACUAGAAAAUGUUCUUGCCAUUUAAAUUCUGGUUUUCAACCAUGAUAGUUUCCCCUCUGCAUUUAAAGAAUACUACAGGUAGCAUAAAUAACUGGUAAUAUUUUAUAUAUAUAUAUAUGUAUAUAGGAUUCAUACAGGGGGAAAAUCUUGUUAACCUAUGCCAUAGAGGAGGAAAACUUCACACUAUCUAAAUUUAUACCUCUUGCGGUUCUCCAGUCCUUUGCCUGGGGAAUUAUUUUCUUUUCUAGAUUUGUCCAUAUCAUGAUUUGUAACGGAUGGUAACUUGAUAUAUUUGUGUGAUAUAAAAGUAGUGAGCCAUGUUUUACAACUUUAUAUCAUCCCUUCCCUUUUCUGCAGUGGUACUAUUGGCUGGAGGAAAAACAUUUGCUAGAUUUUUUUAGGACAGUUCAUCUUUCCUGUAUAGUAGUUUUUCUAUUAAAGAGAAAAAAUUGUUUUAUAAUCAGCAGUGGGAAGUGCAGGUUGUCUGAACCUACUUCAGUCGAGCACCUGUCUGCCAUAGCUGUUCCUUCAACUGAGUGCUGCACAUCAUGGGCUCUGUCUGUGAGAGAGAAAUCCAGGUGCUUGGUGUCCUUGCAUGACAUAAAGUUUUGCAUGUAGAUCGAUUUGAAAUGUUCCUCUUGUUUACAUAAUUUGCAUAAUUUAAAAGAUAAAUGUUGCCAAACUUUGGUAAAUGUUAAUGUUCAAAACGAAAAUCUCCACUACAUGUAACUUUUCUUCCUCUGGAUCAGUACGUGGUUUAUAAUCCCAGCCAGUGGUUGUAUCUGUUCCAGUGUCAACUGCCAUGUGCUCUGCUUCGAGGGGGAACUAGUCUUUUGUGAAUUUUUUGUACAUAAGUAUUUGUUACAAACAUUUAGCAAAUGCUUUUGAUUUCUCUUACUUGCUUGUGCAUAUCUUGGCUGGCAUUAUAGAAAUCAGUGCUAAUGUUAUUUCCUUAGGGGGGUUGGAAGGGGAGGGAUGAGGUUGGGUUUUUUUUUUAUUUUAUUUUUGUUUUGGGGAUUUUUGUUUUUCGGGGGUUUUUUUUCUUGUUUGGGGUUUUUUUUGUGGGUUUUUAUUUUGGUGGGGUUUUUUUUCCAGUUUGUGUGGGGAAAACUGAUUUAUGUUGAAUGUUUAGUUUUUCCUCUGCAUGCUACAUCAUACGUUGUGGGACUAUAAGAACCUUCAUACUACAUGAAUACAAAAUAAAAUAUUUGAACCUUG